CGGCUGAGCGUCAGGACCCCCUCUCUCCUCCUCCUCCUCGCCCUGCUGUCUCAGAGCUGAUAUCCGGGGUUGUCGGUCAGAUUCCUGUGGCUCGGCAGCUUCUCCUCCUCAGGAUGGGUCCAGCUGGAGUUCUGCUGGCGGCUCUGAGCGCAGCGGAGCUUCUCCUCCACGUGUGUUGUGCCCAGAGUGUGACUGCCGUGUACAACCAGACCAUCGCUGUACCCUGCAACAAAGGAGCUCCUCCGCCCAGCGAUCUGAUGUUCGUCAAGUGGAAAUAUGAGAAAGACGACGGCAGUGCGGGGGACCUGCUGGUGAAGCAGGUCCGCAGCCAGCAGACCACGGUCCUGGCCACGGACGCCUACGCCCAGCGGGUCAGCGUGGACCCCAGCCUGGGCCUGCUGAUCCGCCACGCCUCGCUGCUCGACCAGAGGACCUUCACCUGCAUGGUGGUCUCCGCCUCCAACAUCCUGGAGUUCCCCGUGGCCGUGGCCGUCACCAAGGAACCUUCAUCAGUCCAGGUGAUGGACAAAUCAGACGCACUGCAGGAGGACAAGCUGAGCACGGUGGGGACGUGCGUGGCAGCAGAAGCAAACCCCGCGGCCAUCAUCGCCUGGAUGAAGAAUGGAGAGCCCCUGGUGGCUGAUGGGAAAGCCGUCCUCAUCACCCCCAGCCUGAAGGUGGACCCGGCCACCGGUCUGUCCACCACCUCGUCCACCCUGCAGGUGACGGCGGACCGACAGGACGGCGGCUCCGUCUUCUCCUGCGUGUCCACCCACCUGGGGGCCCGGCAGGUGGUGGACCUGGAGCCCUUCCCCGUCCACUACCCUCCAGAGAGACUCAGUCUCCUGGUGCUGCCCGACGGCCCCGUGGUGGAGGGCAGCAACGUGACCCUGAGGUGCCAGGCGGACGGGAACCCUCCUCCCCAGUCCUUCUACUUCCACAUCCAGGGCCAGAGGAUCCUGGUGGAGGGAGCCGACAGCUACACCCUGAGCGGCGUCAGCAGGCGGGCUGCCGGAGAAUACAAGUGUUCCCUGGCCGACAACCCCACAAUGGAGACGUCGCAGACGCUGGCCGUCAGCUACCUGGACCUGAGUCUGAUUCCCACUGGGAGGGUCGUGAAGAAGGUUGGAGACAGUUUUUCGGUGAAGAUGGAGAAGAAUUCCUCAGGCGAUGCCAGCGUGGUCUGGACGAAGGACGAACGCCCGGUGGAGGAGCCACGCCUCCCCAGCCUGCAGUUCGCCCACGCCGGGGUCUACGCAUGCCUCGUGUCCAUACCGGGCCUGAGCCGGAACCAGAGCUUCGAGCUGGUGGUAGAAGGGAAGCCCGUGAUCACCGGUCUGACCAAACGGCCAGCCGAAGACGCCAAACAGGAAGUCCUGAGCUGCGAGGCGGAGGGAGUUCCGGAGCCCCGCUUCCACUGGAGCAUCAGCGGCACCAACGAGGAGCGCUCAUACUCCAACGGCAGAGCCGUCCACAGGAUCACCGUGGUGCCGAAGUUCAACCUGACCGUCACCUGCAGCGUGAGCAACCAGCUGGGAGGAGACGUCAUGAGCAUCAACGUGUCCUCCGUCAUGACGGAGGAAAAUGGAGAAAGAGGGUCUGGGGCAGACUCUGAGGACCGGGCCCGGCUGGUCUCGGGCCUGGUGGUGGGCCUGCUGCUGGCGGCCGCCGCCGUGGGGCUGGUCUACUGGCUCUACAGGAAGAACUCACGACAAGGCAGCUGGACAACUGAAGAGAAGGAAGCGGGGACGUCCGAGGAGAGCAGGAGGCUGGAGGAGAACCACGCCGCCUAGGAGAUGUCCGACGACUCCAUCAGCUCCAGAUCCAGACCAGAUCCAGAUCAACUCCAGACCAGAUCCAGAUCCAGUUGACCAUACCAGGAUCCAGAUGAUCAGACUGGAUCUACAUCCAGAUCAGCUCAGCUCCAGAUGACCUGGCCUGUCCCUGGCCUGUCCCUGGCCUGUCCCUGGCCUGUCCCUGGCCGGUGGCUUUUGCCUCUGCUGCCUCAAUUCUCAAUUCUUAAAUUCUUGGAAGACUUCGUCCUGUCCAUCAGAAGACGGGACUGAGCGUCCACUCGCGCUUCUUCUGUGGUGCCAGGAGUUCUUCCUGGUCCUCCUGGUCCUGGUCUCUCGCCUGUCCAGACUCCAGAUCACUGUCCUCUCGCUGUAGUCUUUCUCCAGCUGCAGACCGUGCAGGAGCCGGUCAGGGGGUUCGAACAUGAGUCCCUGCUGCCGUGCCUCCCGAUCAGACUCUGCACUUCCGUCUCAGUGAUGUUUUUACUGAUAUUGUGUGAUUUUUUUUUUUGUUGUUUUUUUGUUUUGUGUGCGAUGGUGUGGAGCUCUGGACUCCUGUCCCACUGUCCCUCUUUAAGCUCCUCCUCCACCCUGAGCUCUGGACCGUGGUUUAAGCUCCGCCUCCACCCGGCUCCACCCUCCUCCGCCCGCAGACUGGAAGCCUUGAGCAGCGUUCAAGCUGUCAGAUUGUACAAACUUUCUCUUCUGUAUUUCUUUGAUGUGUGCAAAUCUAACUGAGCUCCUGCGAGGUGGAAACCCUGACGUGGUUCAACUAGCCCAACAUGUGGCCCGCGGUCUGAAACUGGCCGGUUGGAGGGUCCACGUCGGCCGGCAGGAUGUUUCUGUUUGUUAUUUAUGUUUUAUGAAGCGACACUGAGCUGACGAUCGGCACUGAACGCUAACCGAGUGGCAUUAGCGUUAGCAUUAGCUAAGCUGUGAGGCUGACCAUGUUAAAGCUACAAAAUGCCACCAAAGACCUGCCGUUUGGGUGUUUGAGUGUUCCACAGCAGGAAAGUAAUGAAUAAUGAUGACGUGUUUCUAAUUUAAAAGCUUUUACUGUAUUCAGACACUGAACUCUGACACGGUUCUGUCCGGAACCCGGUGCGUCGGUUCCGUUAGUCUGCUCUCAGCAGAUCGUCGAAAGGUCAACACUGUGUGAAAAACGAGGCGCUUAGUUCUUGUUUUUUCUCUCAAUCAGGUCAGCAGUGAAACCAAAGAGGGUGAACGGUAAAUACUCACCUUUGUUUUUGUACGCUUGUCGACAAUAAAGUGUCCGUUUUGAGAACAAGCAGGUCUGUGACGUUUCUC